UGGGAUCUCACGAGGGGCGCAGCAGAAGGCUUGGCGGGACCGCUGGAGUGGGCGGGGCCCCGUCGUCCCCGGCGCGUUCUGACUGCCCCGGCUGAGCGAGCUCGAGCACCAAGUAGGGGGGCGAGGCGGGCGUUUGUUCAACGAUAAAAUGGCGGAAGGAGGUCCGCGGUUCAGCGAAGUCUGGUAUUUCAAAAUUUUGGCGGCACUUCUGUUGUAAAUCCGCUGAGAACUAAUUCCUAGUUCUGAUUAAGUGCAAAAGUUUAUGUUUCCCCAUCACUGUUUGUAGAGGUUCGAGUAUGAUUAUUUUUUGUUGAACGGUGGGGGGAAGGGGAAUGAAAUCGGCGGUCUUUACCAGACUAAUGGAUGCGGAACUAGUGGAUGAAGACUGUGCAGAUGUCGAAAGAGAACAUUAUCAGAAGGACCAGAAGGAGAGAGGCAAAAAUUUAAGGUCCAGUUCAUUCUAGAAAGUUCACCAGCUAGUGAAGGGGUUCGAAAGAAAGACCUACGACUCAGCUGUAUUAUUUCUUCAUUUUUAAUGUGUGAUGGAGUCUCCCAGCAGAUUCUUUCCCGAUCCCGUCAAGGUUAUGCAAUCAGCUUGGGCGAGGAACCAUACCUCCAAAGGAACUAACGGAGAGCGACUAAAGCUAUUAGAUGAGAAGCCCUUAUGACAAAUAUGAGCUGGGCCUUUUUAACACGUCUUCUUGAAGAAAUACACAACCAUUCUACCUUUGUUGGCAAAGUAUGGCUGACAGUGCUGAUUAUAUUCCGCAUUGUGCUGACUGCAGUUGGAGGGGAGUCCAUUUAUUCUGAUGAACAGAGUAAAUUUGUCUGCAACACCAAACAGCCUGGUUGCGAGAAUGUCUGCUAUGAUGCAUUUGCACCUCUUUCCCAUGUGAGAUUCUGGGUUUUCCAGAUCAUCAUGAUAUCAACUCCGUCUGUGAUGUAUCUGGGUUAUGCUAUCCAUAGAAUCGCCAGAUCCACUGAAGAAGAAGAAAGGAACAGGUUCUUCAAAAAGAAGAAAAUACCAACCAUAAGGUGGCAAGUCCACCGAAAUCCAGAACAUACGGAGGAUGAAGAUGAGGAAGAGCCAAUGAUCUAUGAAGAAACAGGAAGUGAGAAAAAAGAGGCUCGAAAUGAUCAAAAACAUGAUGGGAGACGACGUAUCUUGCAAGAAGGUUUGAUGAAAAUGUAUGUUUUCCAGUUAAUUUUCAGGGCAAUGUUUGAGGUAGGUUUCUUAAUGGGACAAUAUUUACUGUAUGGAUUUGAAGUUAAUCCAUCGUAUGUCUGCACUAGAAAUCCUUGUCCUCAUACAGUGGACUGUUUUGUCUCCCGACCUACAGAGAAGACAGUCUUCCUCAUUGUAAUGUAUGUUGUCAGUUGUCUUUGUUUGAUUCUUAAUAUCUGUGAGAUGCUUCAUCUGGGCUUUGGAACCAUCAGAGAUGUCAUUCGUAGCAAACGGCAGAGCCAGAACAACAAUCGACCUUUUCCUUACCACUACCCUCGGAACAUUCCAUCAUCACCACCAGGGUACAAUCUGGUAGUCAAAUCAGACAAGUCCACCAAGGUUCCCAAUGGUGUUGUGGCUCAGGAACCACGUUUAACUAAUGUAGCUCGAGAUCAUCAGUCCACUAGUCCAGAUGAUAACAUUCCACCUGACUUGGCCAGGCUCCACAAACACCUGAAAGUUGCCCAGGAACAGUUGGACAUUGCCUUUCAGGGUUAUAACAUGCAAGAAAAUGCACAGAAGUCCAGGACCAGCAGCCCAGCAUCAGGAGGUACUGUGGCAGAGCAGAACCGUGUCAAUGCUGCCCAUGAGAAACAAGGAGCUAAGCCUAAACCUGGUUCAGAAAAAGACAGCUCCAGCAGCAAAUCUGGAGAUGGAAAAACAUCUGUUUGGAUUUAACUUGUUUUAUAUUCAAUUAUGUUUACAGCAAGUCCAUUUAUAACAAAAUGGUGUUAGCUACUUCCUGCAUAUUUUACAGCAAUCUGCUAUCUAUUGCAUAACCAUUAUAACUGUUUGGUUCUUUGGACAAGACUAUAUGUUUCAAUGCUUUCAGCAUAAAAUUUUUCACAGCAGGAUUGAUCAAAUAAUUAGUCAUGUGCCUGAUUUCCUAAUCAUUAAAAUCAACAAAGGACCCAGAUAAUCAGGCACAAUUAUCUGCGUACCAGUUCUCUGAACUGUAAAAUAAGACGUGCUAUUAGAUUCAAAGUGUGUUUCCUUCCAAAAUGUUUGGAAUCUGCUUAAGCUCAACAUCAGACUAUAGUAGCAACUGUGGUUUAUUGUACGAAUAUGUUUCUGUACUGACAGGUAACAGUUGUCUUUAUUUUAAAUAGCUGUUGGGCUAAUAUUCACCAUCUUUAUCUGAUUUGCCUUGUGCCUACUUUGCAAAGAGAAACGAUUACUCAAGUUAGUUUUAUUUUACAGUAAAUUUUCCACAUUAUGGUCAUGGGAAGUAGAGUUAAAAACAUGGUUUCUCUAAAUUAUAAGUUUAAAAAUGGAAAUAUGCAUACUGACAUAAUUUUUAAAAGCUGUGGUUCUUUUUAACCAUAUUUUAUUGUUGUUCCUUCAAUGCGACAGAAAUUGUCUCUUCAAUCCUACACUCUUAUGCCCUCUUCCAGAUCUAAAAGGUGAAAUUUUCUUGACUUAAAUUCCUUCUAUUUGUAUAUUUAUUUGUUGUUGUCUGUAUUAUUUCAGUUUGAAUCCAGUUUUGGUGAUUUUGUUCAAAAAAACUAAUGUUACAAAAAUUGUACAUUUUUUUAUGAGAUGUUGACCAGUGGAAAGGAAAGAAAUUUGUCAUUUUUUGAGGUAUUUCACUUUUGCAAUUAAGAAAUUGGGAGGUGAGUAGUUAAUGCCUUUUCAACAUAAAAGAUUGGCAGAUUCUGGUUAAAAUUUCCGAGAAUGUUGCCAUUACCUUAAAACGCUAUUGUACAAUUUUCAUAAAAUUGUGUUGGUUAGUAGAAUGUAUUGGCCUUUAUACCAUUGCAUAUAUUGAAGACUGAUUGGUAUGACUGCACUCGAAAGUAAAAGCGUGUGCUGUACUACCCUUCAGCUAAAAGUCACAAUAUAAACUACAAUGACAGCUUGUCAUUGAUUAUUCUCAGGGGUGUAGUGCUAGCCGGAGCACGUCCGGCAC